AGCAACCUUAAUAGCUAAAUCCCUCGAAUAGUCUUAAUUUGUCAAAACAAAACAAAAAUGUAUGAUAGUCCUCUCUUUUUUCUCCUAGAAAUUCUAUAUGAGUCACUGAAGAACGAGGCCGAAUUCCUGUUAAAUGUUCCUAACCAAGUUCAAAAUAUUCGAGCUGAAUUAAACCGAAUACAAUGCUUCUUACAUGAUGCAGACGCUAAAAAACCUGAAUACGAGACAGUUCGGAAUUGGAUAGCAGAUAUCAGGGAAGUUGCUUAUGAUGUGGAGAAUAUUCUUGAGAAAUAUACACAUAAAAUUGUUUUGAGAAAAGAUCGGUCGAUAUGGAAAGAGAAUAUAGCUUUACACAACAUAGGCAUGGAAACUAAGGAUGUUAUGUCAAGAAUUGAUAACAUAAGAAGGUGCAUGAAAACCUAUGUUGAUAUUGGAAUAAGAACUUUAGGUCAAGGAGAGUCCUCAAAUUCUGCAGCAUAUGAGAAAAGUCAAUGGCUAACAAGAUCUUACUCUCAUCUUAUCGAUGAAGAUUUCGUUGGAUUGGAAGAAGAGGUGAAUAAAUUGGUUGUUGAACUUAUUAAUGAAGAAAAUGAUGAAUUUCAUGGAGUUUUUGCCAUAUGUGGGAUGGGAGGUAUAGGCAAGACAACACUUGCCCGAAAAGCAUACCGACACAUUUAUGUACAAGGUCAUUUUCAAGCUUUUGCUUGGGCUAGUAUAUCGAAACAAUGGCAAGCAAGAGAUGUUCUGCAGAGAAUUCUCACAAAACUUGAACCAGAGAACAGAACACAGAUUAACAUGAUGAUGGACGAAGAGCUCGUUAAGGAACUUUACAGACUUCAGCAGAGUAAAAAAUGCUUGAUAGUAUUGGAUGAUAUUUGGUCAACAAAUUUCUGGAAUAGUGCAAGACAUGCUUUCCCUAAGGGGAAAGGGUGUAGCAAAAUCUUGUUGACGACGCGCAAGAAGGACGUGUGUACACACGUAGAUCCAACUUGUUUCUUCUUUGAGCCUAGAUGUUUGGAUGCUGAGGAGAGUUGGAAGUUACUUCAUAGGAAAGCAUUCCCUAGAGUAGACACUCCAGAUUUGAAGAUUGAUUUGGAACUAGAGAGACUUGGAAAGGAAAUGGUCAGUGAAUGUGGAGGCUUGCCUUUAGCAAUCAUUGUGCUUGCUGGACUUUUAGCUCGAAGGCCUAAAGUAGACGAGUGGAGAAGGACGCGACAAAACCUUAACUCACACAUGAGUGGUGAAAGUUUUGAACAAGAUGGAGGAAUUCAUGGUGUCCUAGCUUUAAGUUAUUAUGAUUUACCAUAUCAACUUAAGCCGUGUUUUUUGUACUUGGGAAACUUCCCGGAGGAUCAAAAGAUUUCUGCGCGAAGAUUGUAUCAGCUAUGGGCCGCUGAAGGUAUUAUAUCAUUUGAAAAUAACCAAGGAGAGGAGACAGAAAUGAUGGAGUUAGGAGAAUAUUUUCUGCAGGAGUUAGCUCAAAGGUACAUGGUUCAGGUGCAACUAGAAGAAACAAAUGGAAGGAUCAAAUCUUGUCGACUUCAUGAUCUGAUGCGAGAUACCUGUUUGUUAAAAGCAAAGGAGGAAAACUUUCUGAAGACAAUUUCAUAUCAGCAUUGUCAUAAAUCAAUGUGUUGCUCUUCUUCAGCUAAAGCAAUAUCAACACGCGCCAUACGCAGACUCUCUAUCACUGUAGACAAUGAUGUUCAAAACUAUUUCUCUACUAAUGAUAAGUCAUUUCAGCAUGUUAGAUCAGCUAUGUUCUUCCCCAGACGACAGACAGGAGGCGAAGGAACAGCAUAUCCCCUGCCUAUAUUUCAAGGUCUGUGCAAUAACUUCACAAUGUUGCGCGUUUUGCAUCUUGAGAAGUUCACUUUUGAGGACAACUUACUCAAAGCAAUUGGUAACUUUGUACACUUGAGAUACCUGAGCUUAAGACAGUCACAUUUUCAAAGGCUCCCAUCUUCUAUAGGUAAUCUCAAGUACCUACAAACACUUGAUUUGAGGGUGAAUUUCUUCUCAUACUUGACAAUGCCGAAUACUAUACAGAAGCUGAAGAACUUGAGGAAUUUAUAUCUUCCGCCUUCGCAUCAGAACACAUAUAAGUUGCAGCUAAGUCCUUUAAGCCAAUUGGAUAUGCUGAAGAACUUUGAUACCCAAGUUUCUCCUUUUAGAGAUCUCUUCAAGUUAACGAAACUUCAGAAACUAGCCGCUGUUUUCUCACUAGAGUUUGAUGAGAUGGAAGAAAUCAUCACACAUUACCUCACCCUAAAAACUCUGAGUCUCAUGGAAACAUCAUUCCGCGUUUACUACAGAUUUCAUUCAGAAAAAGAGUUAAACAUUCUGAAGCUACUGAUCGGUUGUCACCAUCUCCGCAAAUUAGACUUAAUCGGACAUAUCAGUAAGCUACCAGAACACCAUUUCUUUUCACAAAGCCUCACUAAGUUAACCUUGAGAAGGAGUGGACUUGAAGAAGACCCUAUGCUUAUUCUACAGAAGCUGCCUAAACUAUUCACCCUUUCAUUACGUGGAAGCGCGUUCAUUGGCAAGGAAAUGUGUUGUUCUUCACAAGGUUUUCCUCUCCUCAAAACUCUUCAAAUCCAGGAGCUUCCAAAUUUAGAAAGCUGGAGGGUGGAGAUAGGAGCAAUGCCCAAUCUAAUUCAUCUUGAAAUCGACUGUUGCAAGAAACUAGAGAAGGUUCCAGAUGAAUUGGUAUGUCUAACUAAAAUUCAGGAGAUAAUAAUUAUAGACAUGCCAGAAACUUUCCAAACCAGGCUUCAAGAGAUUCAAGGGGAAGAGUUUUACAAAGUUCGGUUCAGGAAAUUUUUCGACAUGAAGAAGUUUCCCAAGACUAAACCGAAAAUGCUAUUAUCAGGACAAAUAUUUGGCGGAUUAUUGCAGACUAUUUAUCCAUCAACGGUACCAAAGGAAUGGAAGAUGCCAUAGAUCUCACAGUGAAGAUAUUAUCAACAUGUUUCUUUAUUCAAGUCAUGCACCUGUUGACGGUUGGCUUAUUAUGCAUUUCGAGUAAGAGUGAAGAAAGCAUGGCAAGUGGACAACUUUGAAAUUUGAAGCAAAAGAUGGAAAAACUCAUGGGAAAGUUGAAGGCAUUGGGUUCUACAAUCAAGAAUUUGUACCAGUGUGUACAGAUGUUUGUUUGACUAUGGAGGUAUUGAGCCUUGUAUCAUGUUUGAUAGUAACAGAUAAGAGCUUACAAUGGUAGAAAGCUCUUUUUGUAAGUUGUGAAUUUUUGAACUUUUGUCAAUAUUGCUGCUAGUACUACUAUA